UUCAGGGCUCAUAUCUUCAAUUCUUGAAUACAUAACUGAGCCCUUCAUUUUUCCCUGUGGUCAUCCUUUUUGCUGCAGGAAUAAAUUAAGAAUGCCGCCUCCACCGGACACCAGUAAAACAAUCAAGUUAGAGCGCUACAACAGCUACGUCCGCAAGCUCCAGAGUACGAAAUUGAUUAAUGCCUCCUCCAAGCUCCUCUUCCGGAUCACCCUCCUCAUAGCUCUAGUCCUCAUCUUGUUUUUUACGAUCAACUAUCCUCCGCUCUCUGACACCUCCAAUCCCCAACCUCACCACCACCACAGCUUCCUCUCCACCUCCAUCUUCUCAGGUGGUUCUGCUUGGGAGAAGCAGGUCCGCCAUUCCUCCACUCCUCGCCGCCUCAAUGGGUUUUCCGUGCUGGUCACGGGUGCUGCCGGAUUCAUUGGGUCCCACUGCUCCCUCGCGCUGAAAAAGCGAGGCGAUGGGGUGCUUGGAUUGGACAAUUUCAAUGACUACUAUGAUCCAUCUUUGAAAAGAGCGAGACAGAAACUUCAGAGCAAGCACCAAAUCUUCAUUGUUGAGGGGGACUUAAACGACGAAGCUUUGCUGACCAAGCUCUUCGACAUCGUACCGUUCACCCACGUCCUCCACCUCGCGGCUCAGGCGGGAGUGCGUUACGCCAUGCAGAAUCCGCAGUCUUACGUUAGGUCCAACAUUGCAGGCUUCGUCAACCUUCUCGAGGUUGCUAAAUCCGCCAAUCCUCAGCCGUCCAUCGUCUGGGCCUCGUCCAGCUCAGUCUACGGGCUCAACACCGAGAAUCCUUUCUCGGAACGGGACCGGACCGACCAGCCGGCGAGUCUCUAUGCUGCCACCAAGAAAGCUGGAGAAGAAAUUGCCCACACUUAUAACCAUAUUUACGGUCUUGCCCUUACUGGGCUCCGAUUCUUCACAGUAUAUGGUCCAUGGGGCAGGCCCGACAUGGCAUAUUUCUUCUUCACAAAGGACAUCCUCCAAGGCAAAACCAUCGACAUUUAUCGGACACAGGAUGAUAAAGAGGUGGCGCGUGACUUCACGUACAUCGACGACGUAGUAAAAGGGUGUCUCGGAGCAUUGGACACAGCAGAGAAAAGCACCGGCAGCGGAGGGAAAAAGAGAGGGCCCGCACAGCUGAGGGUGUACAACCUCGGAAACACCUCUCCGGUGCCGGUGGGAAGAUUGGUAUCCAUUUUGGAAGCAUUACUGAACAUGAAGGCGAAGAAACACGUGAUCAAGAUGCCAAGGAAUGGAGAUGUUCCCUUCACACAUGCCAACGUUACCUUGGCGUACAAGGACUUCGGGUACAAACCCACCGCCGAUCUGGCCGCUGGGUUGAGGAAGUUCGUCAAAUGGUACGUUAGUUAUUACGGCGCCGAAUCAAGGGUAAAAAAGGAAGGUCAGCAUGCUGAUGAAACAGAACGUUGAUCUUGACCAUCGUCCUACAUGUUUGUUGAAAUUCAAAAAGUAAAGCAAGGAAUCCUUUUUAGAGUCCUUAUGGUCGUUCUCUCAUGUGUUAAAUGUACGUACCAAAUAUAGAGACAUAGAUUAUGAUGUAAAAGUUGAUAAAUGUGAAGAAAAAAGAUGGAAAAAAAAAAAUUAAGAAAAGGGAAAUCAAGGAGGAGGUAGAUCUGCUAGAUUGUGUCGUGAGUGUAAUGGUGGUGGGGUCUGCUGAAAGGUAUGCAGAUCUUAGCCAUCGAUUCAUAUAAUGAAAUAAAAAAAAAACAAAAUU